AUGUACGACAUUGGCAGCAGCUUGGUGAAAGGCAAAGGCAAAGGUUACGGCCUGGACAUUGACAUUGACAAGGGCAAAGGCAAAGGUUACGGCCUGGACAUUGACAUUGACAAGGGCAAAGGCAAAGAGAAAGAAGUAGAAAGGGAUAUUACUGAAAUCAUCUGUCCCGCAGGCGACAUGCUCUUGGGGAUUGACGGCUCCAACGUGGCAUUCCAGGUCUAUUCGCAGAGCCUCAUGUGCGCAUCGGAGACCUUUGAACAAUUAGUCGAGGACAUCAUGCUCUCGUCCGGGGACAACGAGAAGAUCCUCGUGCUCGACCCGGAAAAGGUCGACAUUGUUCGCCUCGUCUGCCACAUCCUCCACCUCCAGAACCACAUGCUGCCGCAGUCGCUCAUGCCGUGGACGCUCCUCGACAUGGCGAUUAUGGUGAACAAAUACGGUAUGCAGAGGGCCGUCGUGCUCGCGGCGCGGCAGUGGCUGCUCAGCGGCAGAGACAACCACCAGUUCGUCUCAGAUCCCACGCUGGCAACGGGGUGCUACAUGGUGGCGGCGGCCUUGUUCUUUGACGAUGCCAUGUUUGAGAAGUGCGUCUGGGAGCUGAUUUCCAUUUGUACGGUGCCCUUUGGGAGACUCUGGGCAUGGCCCGCUCUGAGGGAGCAAGUGUCUCCCAAAGCCGUCAAACUGCUCACGCUCCUGAGGAACAAGGCACGAGCCAGGGUGUACCAGAUACUCCUCGCCGAGACGGGACUGCGCUGCUACGCCGGUUGGGACACGACCCUCCAAGAACGGUACGAAGGGAUCCUCGCCCGGUUCAAGCCAGUAACGACGGUUCACCUCCCCCUUGCGCAAGUGAUUAUUGAGUUGAAGAAGGCAUUGAUCCGAGAGUUGGGAGGGCCCAACUCGCCGAUAGACUGCUUGGUGAGCAUCUCAACGGACUUGGACAUGAUUUCGCAGACUGCUGGGAUAAGCUUGGAAAAGUACACGGAGAUUUUGACAAAGGAAGGGGAUGCCGGGUUGGAGUAUGUGACUCCUGAUGAUGGGGAAGCAUCUGCUAAAGGUGAAGCAUCUGCUAAAGGUGAAGCAUCUGCUGAGAGUAGCUUGCCCACUGCGACCUUUGACUGA